UUCCUUCCCUUUCAUCCCACAACCACAACAUGAGACCACCACCACCACCCAUUCCUUUUAUAUAUUUUUUUAAUGUUUUAUUUGACUUUUUGCUUUGGGUUGUUGACUGAAUCUUGGUCCUCAUAAAUCUCCUCUAAAAAUGGAGGCAGAGAACCAAGCAACUGCCACCAGAUUUAGAGGAAGAUUUGGAGGUGCCUUUGCCACUGAGGUCUCACAUGGCUCUCACUGUGCAUACCCAACUUUCUAUCAAUCCCUUUUUUUUAUCCGUCUGUAGGACAAAUACAAAAAACCCAACAAGCCCCAUAUACCAUUUGAACCUUCUAAGAGUAACCCAUUCAAUCACUAUUACUGCGACUCCUUCUUCAAUGUCUUCUAGGGUUUUGUCUGUGAAGUCCUCUCUCAUUGAACCAGAUGGUGGGUCUCUGAUAAAUUUGGUGGUGCCUGACAGUGAGAGGUUUUCAAGGGAGAGAGAGGCUUCAGAACUGCCUCAUGUGAAGCUGACCCAGAUUGAUUUGGAGUGGGUUCAUGUGAUAAGUGAGGGUUGGGCAAGCCCUUUGAAGGGUUUUAUGAGAGAGGAUGAGUAUUUACAGAGCCUGCAUUUUAAUUCUAUGAGGUUGAAAGAUGGGUCAGUUGUGAACAUGUCAUUGCCCAUUGUUUUGGCCAUUGAUGAUGAGCAGAAAGCGAAAAUCGGGGGUUCAUCUGAUGUGGGAUUGAUUGGGCCUAGUGGUGACCCAGUUGGUGUUCUUAAAGGAAUUCAAAUAUACAAGCACAACAAAGAAGAAAGAAUUGCCAGAACUUGGGGAACAACAGCCCCUGGCUUACCAUAUGUGGAGGAGGUAAUCACCCCUGCUGGGAAUUGGCUCAUUGGUGGUGAUCUGGAGGUCUUCAAACCUAUAAAAUACAAUGAUGGUCUUGACCACUACAGGCUUUCGCCCCAACAACUUCGCAAAGAGUUUGAUAAGCGUCAAGCUGAUGCUGUGUUUGCCUUUCAGCUUCGCAACCCCGUUCACAAUGGGCAUGCAUUAUUAAUGAAUGAUACGCGUAGGCGCCUUCUUGAAAUGGGUUACAAAAACCCCAUAUUAUUGCUUCAUCCUUUGGGUGGGUACACCAAGGCAGAUGAUGUGCCCCUAGAUGUUCGUAUGGAACAACACAGUAAGGUUCUUGAAGAUGAUGUGCUUGAUCCUGAGACUACAGUUGUGGCUAUUUUCCCAUCACCCAUGCAUUAUGCAGGUCCUACUGAAGUACAGUGGCAUGCGAAGGCAAGGAUUAAUGCUGGGGCUAACUUUUAUAUCGUUGGUCGUGACCCUGCUGGUAUGAGUCUUCCUACAGAAAAGAGGGACUUGUAUGAUCCUGAUCAUGGGAAAUUGGUUUUGAGCAUGACUCCGGGCUUGGAGAAACUAAAUAUUCUACCAUUCCGGGUGGCUGCAUAUGACCAAAAAGAAAAGAAGAUGGCUUUCUUUGAUCCUUCACGCCCUCAAGAUUUUCUCUUCAUCUCAGGCACCAAGAUGCGUACAUAUGCACGAAAUGGAGAGAACCCACCUGAUGGCUUUAUGUGUCCUGGUGGGUGGAGAGUUUUGGUUCAGUAUUAUGAGAGUUUGCAGGCAGAGGAAACAAGCAAGCCUCCUAGUGUAGUUUCUGUGUAGAGAAUGAGGUGAACUUAUUGCAGUGCAUUUGGCUAACUGGAAGAUUAAAGAAACAGCUGGAAGAUAGAAAAUUAAAACAUAAUGAAAGUUUGUUGUAGUGUCUGUGCAUCAAUAUUUGGCAGAAGUUGUUGAAGAAUGGAAUGCUUCCAGUAAAUUGAAGUAAGGAGUGGGAAUUAUGAGACUUGCAGUAUAUAUUACUUUCAAGGAAUGACAGUGGCUUGAUACCCAGUUUGCUUAUCGUUGGCAAGGACAAAAUGAGUUGAGCAGUGAAAAUCAGUUGAUUUAUCCUUUCUUUUUUUGGUAAAGGAAAAUAGAGAGUAUUUUUUAUCUUUUUAAUCAUCUGAGUACUUAGUUUCUUUUGACUUAGUUUCUUUUGAGGCUUGUGGUUUAGCAUGUUAUUGUAAUUUGGACUAUUGCGAUCUUGAGCUCAUUCAACUCUCUCAGUUACA